AUGGCGACGGCGGCGACGGCAGUAAAAAUGUCGCCUAGGUCGACCGGAUACCCUUCGUCGUGCAAACCAAGCAACACCAGCUGCUACUGCAAGCCACCGGCCGCAGCUCCGAUGAGCACCUUGAGGUGUAGGAGCGCCGUGAGCAGCAGAGGAGGUCCGACGGCCGGACGGCGGGAGGAGGAGGAGGAAUGGAGGAGGUACCUUGCGCCGGAGAGGCUGGAGGUGCUGGCGCAGCUGGAGCCGUGGGCGGAGGCGAACAUGCUGCCGCUGCUCAAGCCGGUGGACGAGGCGUGGCAGCCGGCGGACAUGCUCCCGGACGCGGCGGCGCUGGGCGCGGACGGCUUCCAGGCGGCGUGCAUCGAGCUCCGCGCCAGGGCGGAGGGCGUGCCAGACCCGCACCUGGUGUGCCUGGUGGGGAACAUGGUCACGGAGGAGGCGCUCCCGACGUACCAGAGCAUGUCCAACCGCUUCGAGGGCACCCGCGACGCCACCGGCGCCGACGGCACCGCCUGGGCGCGCUGGAUCCGCGGCUGGUCCGCCGAGGAGAACCGCCACGGCGACGUGCUCAGCCGCUACAUGUACCUCUCCGGCCGCCUCGACAUGCGCCAGGUGGAGCGCACCGUGCACCGCCUCAUCGCUUCCGGGAUGGCCAUGCACGCGCCGGCGAGCCCCUACCACGGCUUCAUCUACGUGGCCUUCCAGGAGCGCGCCACCUCCAUCUCCCACGGCAACACGGCGCGCCAGGUGCGCGCGCACGGCGACGCCGCGCUCGCGCGCAUCUGCGGCGCCAUCGCCUCCGACGAGAAGCGGCACGAGGCGGCCUACACGCGCGUCGUGGCGAAGCUCUUCGAGGUUGACCCGGACGCCGCCGUGCGCGCCAUGGAGUACAUGAUGCGGCGCCGCAUCACCAUGCCAGCCGCGCUCAUGGACGACGGCCGCGACGCCGACCUCUUCGCGCACUACGCCGCCGCCGCGCAGCAGGCCGGGGUGUAUACCGCGUCGGACUACCGCGGCAUCCUGGAGCACCUCAUACGGCAGUGGCGGGUGGAGGAGCUCUCGACGGGGCUGUCCGGCGAGGGGAGGCGCGCGCGGGACUACGUCUGCGCAUUGCCGGAGAAGAUCCGGCGGAUGGAGGAGAGGGCCCAUGACAGGGUGCGAAAGGAGCCCACCCCGGUCCCGUUUAGCUGGAUCUUUGAUAGGCCUGUCAGCGUCGUGCUCCAUUGA